CCUACAAGCCCCCGCACGACACACAACGAUCGUACAGCGAGGAACGGCGAAAAAGAAAGGUCACGAGCUAGAGUGAGCAGUGUGAGAAGUUCGCACAACUGUUUAGCAGAACUAGCCUGUUACACAACGCUUCAAAGAAAGCCGAGGGACCGGUGGGCCGUGAGCGGACGAGCACCCGUGCUUAUGUUUCAUUGCGUAAAUAUUUGUGAUAUGUUGUACGUUGCUGCUCUCUUAAUACUGUAAGUUGCUAAUAUAUAUUCGCAGUUUUAUCGGGAAUGUAAAUUGCGCAUAGCAGGUUUCAUUUCUUCGUAAAUUUACGUUUGCGUGAAUACGAAACUGUCAUCUGAAGCGGAGCGCGACUGAAAUAAAUGGCGUCGUUAGGUAGUCGAAGGGCGUCAGUUAAAUAACUCGGCUGAGAAAAAUGGAGUGGUUUGGUGCUGGUAUGAGUGACCCAAGAUAUCACGCAAGAUGAAAUGUGUGCUAUGUUUGUGGACGUUCUGAGACUACGUGUGUGUCAAGCGACGUGAUGCGAUGGAAAGACUGGAAAAGGAUGCGAGUGCUGGUGGGGAGUUGGCGAUCAAAAGUGUGAAUGCAGGAGGUAUUUCACCAGCCUCCUCCCUGGCCCUCUCCGCCACCAGUCCAGGAGGGGCUGUGGGGGCAACUGUGCCAGGGACCCCAUCAUCACAGCUGGCCUUGAAGGAUGUGCAGUGCCCCAUCUGCUUGAAGGUUUUCAGCCGAAAAUUUUCUCUGGAGAUGCACUUCCUCAUCCACCAGGGCCUAAAGCCAUACAAAUGUCAGUUCUGCGGACGCUGCUUUCGGCAAAAAGGCACCCUCAUGCGACACAAGGCUAUCCACAGCCAGACCCCGUCCUACCGCUGUGGCUUGUGCGACAAGAGCUAUCGCCAGAAGAACGUGUUCCUCCACCACCUGCGCAACCGCCACAAGGUAUCGACAGACGUGCUUGACAGGCGGCGCUGUCACAUCAAGAAUUCUGGCGGUAGUGGUGGCGGAGGUGUCAUCGAGGCCCUUCCAACUCCCAACCCCCCUUCUUACACGUCCCCGCUUCCUCCUCCCUCACUGAGCUCUGUCUGUCUUCCCCCACUUAGCCCACCCGAGUCUGGCGAGCCCACCAUCCCCACGCUCCCUGGUGGAGCCUCCAUGCCCCCGGAGCCUCGGCAAGGGUCGCCCCAACACCCAAUCAUUUUGAGAAUCUCAGAUCGCCAGGGAGGAAUGCCUCCAACGACAUCAGUUCCACCGGCGUUGUACCCAGCCAUGCAGGGGGGUCCACUUCACCCGCUCUUGUCAUCACCAGGGGGAAUGCUGGCGUCCCCCGGGAGCAAUUCGUAUUCGGGGGACGGCACAAUACCAGGCCAGUGGCAGUGCCCUUUCUGUGCCUUUGAGUCGCCGCACGACUUAGACGUCUGUAGGAACCAUCUGUUGCAACACGUCAACGAUGCGCCGCCUGUGCUGGACUGCCCGCUCUGUCCGAGAAGGUUUCCCUCAGAACGAGAGCUGGGAAUCCACCUCAGGGACUUCCACGAGAGCUCUCUGCUCAUGGGUGGAGCGGUACCGCCGCACUACCGUGGGGCUGGUCCGCCCCCACUGGUGGGAGCCAGCCCUCCGACGAGAGCCGCCGGCGGGACUCCCAUCAUUUCGAGAGUUAAGGAAGAAGAGCCGAGGGGAUCCGAUGAUGCCCGAUCUGAGGUGACCUUUACUUGCAUUCCGUGCCAGAUCGAGUUUGCCAACGAGGAUGACUUUGAGUGGCACGUCAAGACACACGUGCAGAGCGUGCUGUCCGACAGCGGAGAGGACAGGAAGCCAGCAAACGGGACAGACGACGCCGUCCCGCUGGACCUGGCGUCGUCACGAAGAAAUCACGAGAGACGAGUGCAGGAGGCCCUGCGCCACGACGAACAAAGAUUCAUCUCGGACUCUGUGCUACGAGCGGUGAACAGCCGCCAGGACGAUGAGGCCAGUACGUUGAAAGAGUCUGGUGAUUCGAAAUCGGACCGCAGCGUGUCGACCCCGGUGAAGCGGGAGGGGUCUUCGCCCCCGGGUAAGGAGAAGGGUGGAAAGAGACUGAUGUGCGUCGAGUGCGGAAAGCUGUUCAGCUCCAAGUCGGUGUAUCGCUACCACAUGCAGCUCCACCUCUCGGUGCAGGGAGCCUUCCGCUGCCCGCUGUGCCGCAUGACGUUCCAACGCAAGCAUCAGCUCCUCCACCACACUCGGCAGCGGCACAUGAAGAAGCUGCGCUGCGAGAGGUGUUGGAAGCAGUUCAGCUACAGAAGCCUCCACCAGCGCCAUGUCCAGCGAUGCAUGCAGGGGCCGACACCACAGCUGGCACUUCGGGGCACCCUCUCUCUCCCUGUGGUCGACGUGGGGGCAGCGAGGGGGGCCCUGGGGCGGGACCUCGUGGGCGUGAUCCCGCUUGUGGCCUCUGAAGGGGACGAGGUGAACCAAGCGCUCGGAGUGCCUGUGCUUGCUCCGGACACCCUGCUCAAAAGCCGGCUCAACGGACUCCUGCUCCACGUGUCCGCCGGAAGGAUUGGACUGUGACGAGUCGAACACUGGAUGGGGACUGAAGGGUGUUUGUGUGCUGCUCUCUCAGUUGAACUCCCUCAUGUUGUUUGCUGGGUCUAGGGAUCAAAGGCAGAGGAUGUUGGAAAAAGGGCACGCUGGUUCUUUCUUUUUGCCCUUCUUUUCUCUUCUCUUCAGCAUUGAUUAGCGUGCUGCUUUCCCACGAUCAGUAAUGCUUUGGGUGUGCACUUUGCAGAAUUAGAUAAAGGACACAGUUGCAGUAUGGAAGGGAACAAAAUGCUUUGCAACUUUGUCGUUUUGGACUCAAAUUCUGAAGUGAGCACCCCACAAAACUUUACUGCAUUUGCCACAGUGGUCGCGGGACCGUUUUUCUUCCAUGUAGAUCAUGCGCAUUUUGUACUUUUCUUUUUCUUUUUUUUUUAGAAAUAUUUUUUUUACUUGUUUUUAUUUAUAACCUCUUCACCACAAUGUGUCCCCAACAUGGUGCACUGUCACCUCUCGUACUUUCUUUACUUUUUCGUUCAUAUUUCGCACGCUUCAACAUUGCACAUUCAGCUUCGCAUUAUGCUUCACACAGAGAAAGGACGUUUUAUUGAGCUGAGAGGUUACAAUCGGGGAGCUGUUGAAGGGAAAGUUUAUAGAUCAGGAAGGGGGAGUGUAAAAUCAUUGAGAGAGGCUAUCAACAUUGCUUGAGUCUCUGCGGAUGGCUCUUCUGAUUACGAUACAAUUGAAAAUAGUGACGAAAUAAGAAUGGAGUGCUCCUAGUCUUCCAUUGCUGACAUUGCCAGCAUUAUGCACAAGAUUACACUCUUCACUUUCAAACCAGGUUUGGAUUGCAAAAUGCAUGUAUAUACUGAGGAAUGUGUCUGAAGCAUUCAUACGGUUUAGAUAUUAUGUCUCCGUAAUCCUGUCCACUCGCACACUCUGCAAUUGGCAACAGCUAAAUUUGUCCGUGGUCCUUUGGUCCACAUCCUAAUUGGUCCAGCACUCCUGAUGCCCUCGAGAAUUCUGUGCAAGAGCACGCACAAUUCACACAAUUCUUCACAAUUUCUGUGAAGAAAAGGGUGGUAUUCCACAACAAUGCAUUACAUGUUGCAUUGGUAGAGGACUUACAGCAGCACAGCAACAAGGAAAAGAGUUUUACAUCAAAAGAGACCGCCAUAAUUACAAUUUGGAAUACCUGUGGAAGUACAGCCUUAUCUUAUGGAGUUGCUUUACACAUGAAUGCCUGCAGGAGAUGCCCAGGAGCAGUACUGCAGAGCGAUGGCAGAAACAAUACGUAAGGGUCUUUUUACUGAAAGGGAGAAGCCUGACAUACAUUUUGACCGGGCUGGAAGUAGGGACAGAAUCUUAUUGAUAUUAACUUAGUUCCGUGUGUGUGCCUGAUUUAAUACAAGGUGACGUGUCUAAUAUGGCUCCUAAGUGUCUAGGACGUGAUGGUUGCACAGAGCAUCUAUUUGUCAUUGGGAUAAAGUAAGAAAUUGCCUUCUAUUUUUUGAAACACCGAGAGUGAAUCCUAAGCUAUUCGAAAAAUGACUGCUCGAAAACAAACGUGUAAUUUUGUGAGCUGAACUCUUUCUGCCAUUCAUGAGGAGCACAAACGUGAUUACACAAUGUUCAUUAGGCUCUGUGAAUAUCCGAAUUUUUCAAAAUACUAGAAUGACCAAUUGUACAGUCACCAUACGUCUAUCUGGAUUCGUUUAUCAGUUCGAUUAUGCAACUGUCCACUUCAGUUAUGUAGCUAUUCGCCUUGUAUUCGCUUCAGUUAUGAAAUAUUUAACGUUUGUGUCUCCCACAUGACCGUUACAGUGUUAUCCAAGCCUGGUUUCAGAGUGAAGUUGGUGAUGUUUGGCAUUAUUUCACUUCUUGUUCUUUGUGCCUGCUUUAGCAGGACGAACAAGAUGCCAAGCCCCAAAGGUAACAGUACAAACCAGAUGAAUAAGUUUUAUAAUUGCUUCAGUCAUGUCACAAAUGUAUAUCGUAAAGGGGGCAGAGGUAAAUCGCGCGUCAUUACUCUGCGGUUAUUUUCGGUAAAAACGCUCACAUCAUUACUACAUUUUGCAGGUGCCAAUGACAUGUACAAACUCAUUUGUGUCACAUGACUUUUGUUGGUUAAUCAGCUUGUCUGAAAUACUGAAGGACGUUACAUAUCUUGUGUUACCUGCAGAUUUCAAUCUCCAUCAGUUUGAAACCCAACUGUUUGUACAUAUGUUAAUUAUGUAAAUUAAUUUUCUUUUUCCUUUCUGCAUUUGAUCUGGCAGUUCUGCAUAUGAAUGAAGUGAUUUAUAAGUCUCACUUUAGUCCUGAUUUAAUGUUUUUCUUGGAAAUCCCAUCUGUUGGCCUCUAAAUUCACCACCUUAUCUGCUCCUGUAAUAUGGAACCUUGCAAGAUAUUUCCUAUCGGCAAAGCUAACGUGAAAGUUCAGUGUUCAAUUCUCUCUUUCCGGGUUCAGCACAUAUUCUAAAGGUACUUACUACACUUAAAAUCUGGUCUUUGUUUCGUCCGAAGUUUGUCUUUCAGAGCAUCAACAACUACAUUGCUGCUGAGUAACUCUUAAUAGAAACUAACUUUAAUAGGUAUGCUCAGAUUUAUUCUUAUUCAACGGGCAGAACAGACUAUGGAACACUGACCUUUCCCGUGAACACAGUUUGCAAGAAGAAUUCAUGUUUCAGCGACGAAACUCUGCCAAAUAUUAAGCUGUGCUUAUGUGGUCAACACUGUAUGUGCUUUACCACAGGCUUACUCCCAACCAUCAGUUGUUUUAUAAUGAAGGGGAAGAGCGGAAAAAAAAUCUUUUGAAUGUAGUUCCUGGGUAACCUAAUAGCCAUUUCAAGUCUGUGUAACCAGCACAGGGCCAUCUCUCCAUAUUAUUCACAUGUAUUUUUCUUGCGUUCGUUUUAGUCUACCAGUUGUGCUAAUUUUGAAGUAAUCUACUCAGUUUUUGGAAACGAACAACAGGUGUGCUUGAUGUUUGCUUAACAUCAAACAUCACCUUUGAAGGAGAUGUACGCUAAAGUGUUUUCUUUUUAAGUGCAGCCACUUCACUAGCAGCGUACUCCUCUUAGAGUGUCACAAAUUGAAUUUCUAAAAAGCAUCAAAGAACAAGUACUCAGUCCUCUCUGAAUAUAUAUAAAUAUAUUUUUGAGAACGUUUCUCUUCAAAUGCUGCGAAGCUUCGCAGAGAGGUUCAAGCAUCGUCUACAUUUUACGCAUUGCACGUUCGCAGACCAACCUGACGGAAAAAGCCUGCGUUCACUGCACCUGUUUUACGUCUUAUUUCUUAGGUACUCGAUGCAGCACACAACACAUCUUCAACAAGUGCCAAAUACAUUUUUUUCACUCACUCCGGGAAAGAAUAUUCUCACCUACGCUUUCACCGCAUCGUCCGUCUUAUGUACAGACUACAUUGCCUCUAAGGUGAAAGCAUUCGAGCUUUACUUGCCAAGCAGCCAACAAAACCGAAACAGUGUCAGUGCCGUCCAGGAGUGAGACGACUUUUUUGCUGAAUAACUGCGCAAGGACCGCUUGCACACGAUGAUGAUGAUGAUGAUGAUGAUGAUUUCGGGGAGGGUAUUUGGUUGUGUUUGUAUAGUGUGUGUGACUUUGCAUAAAACAUGGAGCUUACUCAACAAACGAAUGAAAAGCAAGAGACUCGCUGUCGUGCCUCACAGAGACAGUAGAGAGCCUCCGAAAGAGGCGUUCAUGGAAGGGUUUCUGGAAAAGGCUACCAUGCCCUUUCUGUCAAUGUUUUUCCCUUUCUCAACUGUCUGCUGGAACAGCACCUUCAUCAAGUAAAAAUUACUUCCUUGUGAAUGCUCUACGUGAAAAACCUCUUGCUCUUCAUUCGAGUGAGAGCGCUCGUGGUGCGCGUUGAGGGGAGUGGAAUUCUGGACCGUGAUUUUAGACUAUCGAUGCCUGAUUGUUAAGAAGCCUUCGAACUGAUAAAAUGUUGGAUUUCUGUAAGGUCAUUAUGUGCUGCUUGUAGCAGUUUCACGUUGGGGCCCGAAAGAACGUUUGGCAAGGCAGUGCCUGCAAACACUGAAUCGAUAUUGCAUCACUAGUGAGCAAUAACAAACAUAACUUAUUUAUCUUUUCUGCACUUUGUAAAUUGUUGCUCCAUUUUGAUGAUCUUCUGCAGAAAGUUCCCCCCCCCCCCCCCCAGUUUUUGUUUCACACGACAUGUUUGUGUAAUAUGUGUAGAACUGUAAACAAGCAGAUGUUCCUGGGUUUGUUUAUCUUCUUUUUCUUUUUUUUUUGUAUUUCUUUUCAUAUUGUGUUUGACAGUUAUGACAUUGCGCAUCAAUUUUACUGUGAAAAUUGAUGAAACGGGUAGAUCUUGUAGUCACUUGGUAUGAUCCACAAUGGUGUUCAAUUUCAGUUUCUAUCAAUAUUUUGCGAGAUAAAAUGCUUGCAAUGUAUUUUUAAAGAAAGCUUGUAAUAUGCUUUUUCAUGUACCAAAGACAGUGCCCACUUUUAUGAGGUGCAUGUGCAAGCUGCUUGUUUUGUUUCCGAACAAAAAUGCCGUAAUCCCUUUGUCCAACUGUUGGUACUUUUUAUUUGUGUUUCGUUUUCUUAUACAAUUCGCCACCUUCAGUUGCUGAACGAGAGGUUGCCACCCUACACUGAAAUCCAUCCAUUCAAAAAAUUGCUGUAUAGCAUUGAUCCGAAACCAAAGGCUUAAAGUGCAUGUACCGUCCAGCAUACUUUGGAAAUGAGCUAUAUGUCACCUGCAUUUCAAUUGACAAAUUCAAACUAUUGCGGUUGCAGUUAGGAAGGAUAGGCUUUGUACUUGUGCCAGUGUACUUUCCCAGUCUCAUAUUUUUUGUGGCAUAACCAUUUUGCAGAACCUUACAGUAUUUUUAUUUUUACGGAGAUGUGUCAUAAAAUCUCACUAAAAAGUUUGUCUAACCUGUCAAAGACUGCAAAAUCCUCUUCAUUUUUCAUUGCGGGUUGUUUCAGAAAAUGUGCUAAACUGCAAGUACGGCAGCAUUAAGAAUCUCGCUGGUGGAAAAAAAGUUUUAUUUUUCCUAUUCAUUCAUUCCUCUUCCUCUUUAAAAGGCACUUGACAGAGAGAAUCAUUGAUUGGGCAUUAUUUAUGCACAUUUCUCAGGAUUUUUCUUUUCUGAUACACCACCCUUUCUUUUUUUUUUAUUAAUCUCAUCAAGCUUGCGAGAUAUUUAUUUUUGCAUAACGUGUCCCCACGCUUCGUUUAAAAUGCAACUUCUAGCAGUACAACAGUGGAUUCACUAUGUCAACCUCCCAUUCUACAUCCCUUUAAAGAAUAAUGAGUUUUCGUCUUCGUGCGACUAAUAUAUAUGUGGUUUGCACCUUUUCACUUUCCUGUUUUGUUCCAUUGCACAUCGCAUCGCGAUUGAUUUUUCUAGUCGGGCACUACAGCUGAGCCAAACAUUUUAAGCGGAGGCAGAUUUUUUUUUCUCUCUCUCUCUCUCUCUCCUUCUUUUUCAUUUGAUAUUGAGUAGGAGUGGAAGGAAGAUCGCAUUCAAUGCAGCUCGAUGUUUCCAAGUGUUCUUAAGGAUAUAAAAAUUUUUUUUUUCUUCUUCCUUUUGUGUUGGCUGGCUCAUGAAAGGCAUUGGUCAGUGUUUGUCUUUAUGCAUGUUCACCUUCCUGACAUGAAGUGCUGUUGUCGGGGUCGAGCUAAUGUUCGUCACGGAAUGUCGACCCUUGCAAAUGCUUUGCACAAUGUUCUUCGCUAUGGAUAUUUUUGUCGUGCGCUACACGAAUGCUAAGAAAAGGAACAAAAAAACAAACAAACAGAGAGAUGAGAUAGUAUGAAAUGCUGUAUUUCUGCCGACAGGCAAGUUUGUCCAGUUCCCUGACAAGGUAUAGGAGUUUGCUAUUGAAUGUAGUUAGGUGUUUUUUGGAAGGAAACGUGUAAGAAAGAAUGUUCAAUAUGUGCAUGCCUGUUCUUACCUAGGAUGCUGGUGGUGAAUGAUAAGUGUUGCACGAAGGUGGUGACAUGUGUGCUGGUGGUUUCAGGUGAUGACAGUCGAGACAGUGGAAUUCUUUUGAAGGGAAUUUUUGGGAACGCGUUUGACAAAAGAAUCAGAAUGUCAGAAAUUUAUCGCCGGUCUUGGUCGAGGGUUGUAUGGGGACCAAUGCAAUACACUGCGGCAGAGGAAAUUGAGAAUCGAGGCAAAAUAACUAACGCACACCUAGCGAAUCCACUAUGCUGUUGUCUGUUUUUUGUUGCAUCCUACGCGUAAAAAAAAAAAAGAGAGAGAGAGGUACAUGUGUCGAUUCCGGUGAAAUGCACGUUGGUAACUGUGCUGGAGCAAUUGACAUGGUAUGGUGUCUGUGUGUCUGUCUAUCUGUCUGAGUGUGGAGCAAUUACUAUAACUUUUUAGAAGUGUCAAAAGAACAGAGCUAUGUGAAGAAUAUAAUAGGAGAAGAAUGUUAGAAUGACAACCACAUGAUACAAGGAAUGUAUAGCAGGCUUUUCUGCACUGUUUAAUCGUGCUGCUCGAAGUGCCUUGCACUUCGAAGAAUGUUGCUUCCGUGUCGUUCAGAAAUGCAGUGUCACAAUUUGCAAAGACGGAGUUAGUGUUGUUUCACUUGUUGUGACCGGAGCGGAUCUUGGUGUUUGCGGCAGGUUUUUUUGUCCGAGGGAGAGAACAAGAUCAAAAUAGCGUCCUUCCUGCUUCAUAUGGUGCGAAACAAGCGCGUUGGUAUGUGGAAUUCUAAGACCUUGUAGCGUUCAGUGUGGUAGCCACGUUAUUCAGUAAACAAAGUAUGGAAAUGGUGUAGCCUAGUUGCUGUGUAAUUGCUGACACGUGUUGUUGUAGGUUUUACAAUGGAAAGUGUUGCUUGCUGUUUGUUGGGGAUUGGGGGUCACAGAGCCCGUCCGGCAGCACCUUGCGUGUGCUCGUAGGGUCUUCGGGACGGUGUUCACACGCCUUUGAGAUGGUGCAGAAAAGUUAGAAAAGUGCCGCAUGUUCUGUCACAUUUCUUGCUUUCUUUAGUUUUGUUGCUUGAUGGAGGUGCAUUCACGAUGUGCAGAAGCGGUGUUUUUGGGUGAACGCUGAAUAUAUCAAAGAGUUAGUAAUUCCCACCAAGUCUUCUUUCUUUUUCUUUUUUGUAUUUGAUAAGUCUAAGUGUGUUGCACAUCCAGAAGCUUGCUGUUCGGUCCUUGUUUUGAAAUUGCCGCCUCUUUCAAAAUCAAUUCAGAAUCAGCCAACACUUUUGUUUCUUCCAUCUUCAGUAUAAGCCGCCAAAGCAAGACGAGGACAAGGAAGGAUGAAAGAUUUUCGUCUUUCAGGAAUUAGUUUUUAGUUAAUUAGCAUUAGUCAAUUAGUUUUUCAGGAAGUACAAUUUUUCUUCAACGAACGAGAGCAUUGCGUCCCAAAUUGUGAUAAUCUAUCUGAAAUAGGCUUAGCUUCUCCAUUCAUUGUUUGAAAUGUGUAAAAAAGCAUUUUUUUUACAUAUAUAUAUAUGUUAACGAUUACCCGUGCAGAACAGUUGACAACGUGAAUGUACCCGACAACAAGCAGCAAUAUGUGUGUGCACAAAUUUAUGUGUCUUGGUUUGCAAAGUGAUGUUGGCAUUGUGGACAUGUAUUCCCAAAUACUCUGUAACGAUCAAGCAUCCUAUGUGAUGCUCAUCACAAUCAUGUGCCAGUGAAAGUGCGGAAUAAACAUUCUCAGGGUUGCGAUACCAUUUGGCAUAAACAAGCAAGGAAGAAAAAAAAAAGCAUGUUUGGAUUAUGUUUUGAACUCAGAUGUUUUUGUCGCAGUUGUAUAUAUUUAUUUAUUGUUGUCACACCAUAAUGUUUCAGUUAUUUACGUGUCAUGUACAAUUUGCACUUUUAUCACAUGCUGCUUAACCAGUGUUAUGUUUUAACCCGACCACUCAUCAGUACUAUUUUAUGUGUGCGCAUUAAUUUUUAGAUAUCAUAUCUAGAGUCAUAAAAUUAUUUUUGGUCAUACUCUUCUUUAUGUUGUGUUUUGUACGAGACAUUGAGAUAUUAUAUACUGUAUAUUUGAAGUUAUAUACACCUCACUCCCACAUCUGAUGUGCAACCAUUGCAUACAAAAUUUAUAGCGUUUUAUUGUCAUGUACAACAAGUAGCAUGAUUUACAUAUUUGCAACACUGACGCAUUUGGAUGUUUGUGUACACAUAUAUUUUUUGUAAGACAGAGUCAGUCCCACAGCAUCUUUGUUGGACUGUGCGGACACUUUUUUAAUAUUUGUUGUACACGGGGACACCGGCAAAACACAAGUAGUCUUGAAGAUUAACAAAAUAAAGCAUGAGGAUUAUACCUGC